GAUGUGACCACAAUGUGCGCUCAUAAUUAACGCUGAAAAUGGGAUAAAGGAACGAAAGCGACAGCAAAUCAUAUCCGUGUCUGAGCGUACGCCAUAAUUAAGGCAUAGUAAUUUUGCCUGGAAAGUUUUUGGUUUUACUUUUUUUCUACUUCGUAGGUAAUUUCCAUUCUGUCUAAUACUGGCAAGCUACAAAAGAGGUGGCUGGAGGAUCUGAGCAAAUGAUGGAAACGGGAUGUCGCACCACCAGUGGACACGGGACAGCACUGGAGUAUGAAGCAAAUGCUUAAACGGAAUGAAGGAAUAUUCAGUUGUAGUCGAAACGCGUCGCUUUCUACGCGUCCUUUCAUGAACAUGGACAGGAGUUGCUUUUUUUAAGACCGCUCUCGGUCCGGACAGAUGCUGUCAUUGUGUUGGGGUCCGAGAUUUUUUCACCGUAAAUGCAGCCAGUGGUGUUGUUGGAAUGAUGCGAGCGGGAAUAAGAAUGUGCACGGGUUUAUUGUCAUCAUUUCCCAGUAAUUUCGUUGAGGGCCAAGAGAAAGCUCUUGCUUGUGUUGACAAAACAAAACGUUGUGGUGACAAAAUCAGGAAGGAGUCAUCAAGACACCUGAGGACAAUCUCAGAGAAUCCUUGAGGGAAGGUGGCCUUGAUAUGCUAUUGUCUUGUUCUGCAGAUGGGCACUUUGCUGGUUUGUAGUCCUCAGUUUGUGUGAAAGAAAUUAACGUGUCAGGAGUAGAAGAAGAGUACCUUUUAAGAGAGUGUAUUUUUUUGCUUGGUUCUGUGGCAAAAAAAAAAAAUAGUUCCUGUUAGCCAUGGUGGAGCCAGUGGGUUUCAUUGAAGCUUGGAAAGCACAGUUCCCUGAGUCAGAACCUCCUAAGAUGGAGCUGAGGUCGGUGGGGGGCAUCGAGCAGGAGCUGGAGAAAUGCAAAGCCUCCAUCAGACGUCUGGAGAUGGAGGUAAACAAAGAGCGUUUCCGCAUGAUCUACCUGCAGACGCUGUUGGCCAAGGAGCGCAAGAGUUACGACCGCCAGCGCUGGGGCUUCCGGAAGGCCUCCCUGAUGAACGAGAUGGCGGGCGAGCAGCAGCAGCAGCAGCCGCCGCCUCCGGGGGUCGUGGUCGGGUCCGGCGACCCCCAGCAGCAGCAGCAGCAGCCUCCUCCGCAGCUCCACGCGCAGGAGCAGGGCGAGCGCAGCCGCUUCCAGCCGGUGGGGGAGACGCGGUCCAAGCCCAGGCCCCCGCCCGCCAGGAAGUCGGCCUCCCACGGCGACGGCCUGGAGCUCCAGUCGGCGUUCGAGCCGGUGCAGCCGAUGGCGGGAGGCGGCGGCGGCGGCGAGACGGACGGCCUCUCGCCCUCCAAACAACAGCGGGGCGGCGUGUCUCCGCGACGGCCGCACCCGCACCCGCCGCCGGAGAAGGACCUGCCCGUGGACCCCUCCGGCAAGGACAAGCCGGGCAUGGGCCUGGGCGUAGCCGCGCUGCGCUCCAACUUCGAGCGCAUCAAGCGUGCCAACUCGCACUCGUCCGCCGACGGCAAGAGCGGCCAGGAGAAGCAGCCGUUCUACGCCAACAUGGAGUUCCACCACGAGCGCGGCCUGGUGCGGGUCAACGACCGCGAGGUGUCCGAGAAGAUCGGCAGCCUGGGCACGCAGGCCAUGCAGAUGGAGCGCAAGCGCUCGCUGCACUCGCUGCCGGGGAACCUCGCCACGGUGGCCGGAGACUUGCGCCCCAGGCCCGUCUACAGGGGGCGCUCUACCGAGAGCACCUGCGGCUACGACGCCGAGUACGAAGACGGCGAGCCCAGUCCCAGAUACCGGGCCAACGGAGGCAAGCAGCAACAACCCCAGCCGCCGCCGUGGCAGCCGUCGGACUACCCGCCUUACACCAGCGUGUACGUGGGCGGGAUGGUCGCCGGCGAGGGUGUGGUCAUGAGGGAGCACGGAGGAGUCGUCGUCGUCGGCGGCGACGACCACCAGCUCACCUGGCCUCGCCGCUCCUACUCGCCGGGGAGCUUCGACGACGCCGGCGGCGGCGGAGGGGGCUACACGCCGGACUGCAGCUCCAACGAGAACCUGACGUCCAGCGAGGAGGACUUCUCCUCGGGCCAGUCCAGCCACGUGUCGCCCAGCCCCACGGCCGCGUACCGCCGGCCCUUCCGCGACAAGAGCCGCUCGCCCUCGCAGAACUCCCAGAAUUCCCAGCACUCGUUCGACAGCAGCAGCCCGCCCACCCCCCAGUCCCAGAAACGCCAUCGGCAGCAGCAGGGCCACGUGGUCAUGUCCGAGGCCACCAUUGUCGCCGUCCGCAAAACUGGACAGAUCUGGCCACCCCACGACGGAGACUCCACCCCAUCGAGCAGGGCCUCCCAUGACAACAGUUUCCAUGGAGACAUGGAUGGGCCGUUCACGGGUACUCCGCCCACCUACGGCUACGACGCGGACCGCGCGGAGGAGCAGCGGCGGCACCACGACAUGAUGCCGUACAUCGACGACUCGCCCUCGUCCUCGCCCCACCUGAGCUCCAAGAGCCGCAGCAGCCGAGACACGCUCUCCUCGGGCUCGCUCGAGUCCGCCAAGUCGACGGAGCUGGAUCUGGAGAAGGGCCUGGAGAUGAGAAAGUGGGUCCUGUCGGGCAUCCUGGCCAGUGAAGAGACCUACCUGAGCCACCUGGAGGCGCUGUUGCUGCCCAUGAAGCCUCUGAAGGCCGCCGCCACCACCUCCCAGCCCGUGCUCACCGUCCCCCAGAUCGAGACCAUCUUCUUCAAAGUGCCUGAGCUCUACGAGGUCCACAAGGAGUUCUACGACGGCCUCCUGCCCCGGGUGCAGCAGUGGAGCCACCACCAGCGUGUGGGCGACCUCUUCCAGAAGCAAGCUAGCCAGCUCGGCGUGUACAGGGCCUUCAUUGAUAACUACGAGGUUGCCGUGGAGACGGCCGAGAAGUGUUGUCAGGCCAACACACAGUUCGCCGAGAUCUCCGAGAACUUGAAGGUUAGAGGUUCCAAAGAGUGCAAAGACCAGACCUCAAAGUAUUCUCUGGAAACUCUUCUGUACAAGCCAGUGGACAGAGUGACCAGGAGCACUUUGGUGUUGCAUGACCUUUUGAAACACACACCGUCUAGCCACCCAGACCACCCCCUGCUACAGGACGCCCUCCGAAUCUCCCAGAACUUCCUGUCCAGCAUCAACGAGAAGACCACCCCUCGACGCCAGUCCAUGACCGUGAAGAAAGGAGAGAGCCGGCAGCUGCUGAAGGACAGCUUCAUGGUGGAGCUGGUGGAGGGGCAGCGGAAGCUCCGUCACGUCUUCCUCUUCACUGACCUGCUGCUCUGUGCCAAGCUGAAAAAGCAGAUCGGAGGGAAGAGUCAGCAGUAUGACUCCAAGUGGUACAUCCCGCUGUCUGAUCUGACCUUCCAGGCGUCAGACGAGGCCGAGCCACUGCCCAUCCCCCAGGUGCCGGACGAGGAGCUGGAGGCCAUGAAGAUGAAGAUCUCCUCGCUGAAGAGCGAGAUCCAGAGGGAGAAGCAGAGAGGGAACAAAAGCUCGAAGGUAAUGGAACGUCUGCGGAAGAAGCUGUCUGAACAGGAGUCUCUGCUGCUGCUCACUUCCCCCAACAUGCCCCUGCGGCUGCACAACCGGAGUGGCAAGGGCUACAUGUUCCUGAUCUCCUCGGACUAUGAGCGGGUGGAGUGGAAAGAGAUGAUUCGGGACCAGCAGAAAAAAUGCUUCAAGAGCGUGUCUCUGACCUCCAUGGAGUUGCAGAUGCUGACCAACUCCUGUGUGAAGCUCCAGACUGUCCACCACAUCCCCCUCACCGUCAACAAAGAAGAGGAUGAGUGCACCGGCUUGUACGGAUUCCUGAAUGUAAUCGUCCACUCUGCCUCCGGCCUCAAACAGAGCCUAAAUCUCUACUGCACACUGGAGGUGGACUCCUUCGGGUACUUUGUGAAUAAGGCCAAGACAAGAGUGUACCGCUACACCACAGAGCCUAAAUGGAAUGAGGAGUUUGAGAUUGAACUGGAGGGCUCGCAGACCCUGAGGCUGCUGUGCUAUGAGAAGAGCUACAACAAGACCAAACUGAACAAGGAAGAUGGCGACAGCACUGACCACAUCAUGGGCAAAGGCCAGAUCCCAUUGGACCCCCAGACCCUCCAGGGCAAAGACUGGCAGAGGACUGUCAUUCCUAUGAAUGGGAUUGAGGUGAAGCUGUCCAUGAAGUUCACCAGCCGUGAGUUCAGCCUGAAGAGGAUGCCUUCAUGCAGGGAGCUGGGCGUGUUCGGGGUCAAGAUCUCCGCAGUGACCAAGCGUGAGCGAUCCAAGGUGCCCUACAUCGUGCGUCAGUGCUUAGAAGAGAUUGAAAGGCGGGGCAUGGAGGAAGUGGGCAUCUAUCGCGUCUCUGGAGUGGCCACAGAUAUCCAGGCCCUGAAAACAGCCUUCGACACAAAUAAUAAAGAUGUGUCGGUCAUGAUGAGCGAGAUGGAUGUCAACGCCAUCGCUGGCACACUCAAGCUGUAUUUCCGGGAGCUUCCGGAGCCUCUUUUCACUGAUGAGCUGUACCCCAACUUUGCUGGUGGCAUCACCCUGUCUGAUAGCGUUGCCAAGGAGAGCUGCAUGCUGAACCUGCUGCUCUCUCUGCCGGAGCCCAACUUGGUCACCUUCCUGUUCCUGCUGGAUCAUUUGAAGAGGAUUGCGGAGAAGGAGUGCGUCAAUAAGAUGUCCCUGCAUAACCUGGCCACUGUCUUUGGCCCCACCCUCCUGCGGCCGUCCGAGAAGGACAGCAAGAUCCCCACCAACCCCACCCAGCCCAUCACCAUGGGAGACAGCUGGUCACUAGAGGUCAUGUCGCAGGUCCAGGUUCUGCUCUACUUCCUUCAGCUUGAAACCAUCCCCACCCCGGACAGCAAACGGCAGAGCAUCCUCUUCUCCACGGAGGUGUAGAGCGAGUGGCACCAACCUCUCCAGAACAGUAACCGCUAGAUCAGGACACAAGGCUGGAGCACUUGCUGUGUGUGGCCACUGGUGUAUAAGAAACAAGAGGCACAAACAAACUUCUCUCCUGCUUUUUUUGGAAGGCGCCAGGAAAACUUGUCAACUCGGACUGUAAGUUCCAGCCAUGGCCACCAGAUGGCGCCAGUUACCUCUGCACAGACCAGAAGAGGGCAGUGCUAUUUCUCCCUCCUCCUCUUCCUCCUCCUCUUGACCCAUCAACAUGCCCAUACGCACCAAUCUCUCUCCCCCUCCUGUGACAAACACACCGCCACCGUCCGUGUGUCCGUGCGACUCUUCACACCGCAUACAGACUAUGGGUCUCCCAACAUCCAACUGUGGCCCCAGGCUGCUUCGGUCAGUUAAUGUCCGCUGUACAGGAUGCCGUCGCCUCCGUCGUGUGUCUAGAGUAGGCUACUCUCUCACAGGCUCUCACAGGGCCUUGCUGAGCAGCUCAUCGUGGUGGCUAGUUCGUUGCGUUUUAGUCCCGUGUCCCUUCUUUGGCUUUUCUUUUCUGGUGUCAGUCCGUGUGAUAUUUCUUGACUUACUGUAAAAGAUAACUGGCCGGGAAAAAAAAGAAGCACUGCUCUUUUGCCUCCAGCAUUGUAGUUCAGUACUGUACAGUGACAUGUCACAAGUACUGGUGAUUAUAUUUUGCCAAAGGGAGAAAUCUGAGGGUUUCUUUUUUUUUUCAUUGAUUUGUGAUCUCAUUGAUUCCGAGGGUUUAUACGAAGAAUUCAGGCGCUGAAGAGAUUAUGAUUAUGUGUAUGGUAUGAGUAACUAUGGCAUCCCACUUCAUCCAUGGGCACUCAUUUGUAGAAGUCUAUCAGAGUCGUUAACUCUCGUUAUUUUUUUUUUGACAAUCAUCUUUAAUGUAAUAGUAGAGUCCACCUCCCCCCCACCCAAUAUAAUGAAAAAAUCCUGCACCAUUUUGCCAUUGAGUUAAUGCAGUGCGUACUUUGCCAGUUGCUUUUCUUUGGACACAGCGAGGAGUUUGACACCACCAUGAGGAGCUGCCAUGCACAUAAGACCUCAAAAGGAUGACAAGGGAGUGACGAGCACUUGGGAAGCCGCUCCAAUUAGGAGCGCAGGCCUGAGUCAUCCCAUGCAGUUUUGUUUGUUGAGCUCAGCCCUGGAGUUACAAGCCAUUGUGAAUGGGCUGCACAGACCGGUGACAGACACAAAUGGGAAACAGGAGAAAUGUGUGUGUGUGUGUGUGUGUGUGUGUGUAUGUGUGUUUGGGUGUCUGUGGGUGUGUGUAUCUGUGUGUGUUUGUGUGCAUGUUUUGGUUUGUGUCGUAGGGGUGCUGAACUCAGUACAACAGGAGGACGAACAUUGUACUUUCCCAUUGCUGAGUGUCGGCAUAGCAUUGAUCACGUUUCCAUUUUUUUGUCAGUUAAUCUAAAGCAGUGUCCUUUGCUCUGUCAUUUAGUUUCUUUGUCUUGCAGGACACACCAUCCCCACACAGAGAUGCCUGAACGUAUAGGAAUUGUUCCACUUUGUGUUCAGCCCCUUUCUUAGGAGGCUUCUGAAUCAAUGUUCAACACCAUUGUUGGAUUUCUGUGAUGGUCCUGCCAAAAUGUUUUGUAUUUUUAUUUUAGAAAGAAGAAAAGCAUCAGAAUUGUGUCUGUACAUAAGCAUAAAAGCGUUACUUUUGUUUUUCAUUUUUAUUGUGUUAUCUCAUUGAUAAUUUAUUAUUUGGGAUUUAUAUGAGAUUGUAAUGAAGGAAGUGAUGAAUAAGCCUCAUUCAUCUGAAGGAACUAAGUGAGUUGAAAAAAGAAAAAACAGGACCAAUCUCUUUAUUGUUACAUUAUGUUCACCGUGAAGUUUCGACUGGUUGGAGCAAAACGCUCUUUCUCCUCACCUUUGGAGGGAUUGCUGUUAAGGGGACAAAACCCUUCACCUUUCCCCUAUAAGCGGCCUAGUCUGUUCAGAGUGUUGUGUCCUCUUGGCUGUCACUAUAGCACCACACCGAUGCAUUCUGACAGAAGAGAGACUGUGCACUUACUCCAGGCAAUGGGGAGCGAGGACCAGCAAGCCCCUGCUGUUCCAUAUGAUUGGCACUUAUGUGUGUCUGCACAGUAGAUGUUCCCCCCCUGUCUAUGGAUGAGGGGCAAACGCAGAGGCCUGGUUGUGUAAAACUUGUAUGUCUUGCUCUGUGUUACUUCAAUACAAUACAAUACAGCAGUGCCUCUGUCAUUGUGUAAGACGUUUUAAGUGUUUAAGUAAUGCUGUAUAUUAGACAAUACUCUUUUUGUCAAUGAUAUGAGGUGUCCUUUUUAGACAGACAGAGAGAGAGAAGUUGGAGAAGAGAACUGGAUGCUUCAUUGAGUUUUUUUUCUUUCUUUCGGAGGACAGUACAAUCUUUGGCCCCGUUAACCUCUUGCAGUCUCCUUACUGUGCCAAUACAGUGUCAUGCUGCUCGAUCCUCUCCUGACAAAUGAACUCAGUUAUAAUAAGUUAACACUCCCUCACUUGUCCUACACUGUUUGUAAAAUUGGAUUGGACACAUGACUGUGUCAGAGCUCCUGAUUGGACAGGUUUGUGAGGAGAUGCUGUCAUUGGUUACUGGACAUCAGAAGGAACUGCCUGGAAUAGUGUGAUAUAAGGAAACAAGAGAGGCUUUAGUGAUUUGGUUUAACAUGCAGGCAUGUUUAUUAAAGAAGCUUUUCUUUCUCUCUUCUGUUCUGUGUUUUCUUAAACGUGUUGUCCUUCUGUAUGAUGUUCUAAUGACACAGAAUAAACCUACUGUAUAUUCGCUACUGUAGGAUGAUUUAAAAACAAACCUGGAAAUCAUUUGAGGUAACAUCUGCAACAACAAGAUGGAAAAGGAAAGAGAUGAUAAUUUUUUUUGGUUUGCAUACUGUUCUGACAGCUGUUAAGAUGAAAGAAAUACUGAAAGAUAUCUUCAUGCUUCAUAUCAUACUUAAAAUGUCACUUUUUUGUUUAGCAGUGAAACCAACUGUAUACUGUUGGAGUGCAUUCCAAAAUAUACAUUUUGA